ACUUUUAAAAAUGGUACGAUCUUAUUCAUCUAUCAUGAUGCGUAUUUAUAAAAUAAUAUUUGAGUAAACUACUGAUUUAUAUUUUAUAAGAUGAUUAGUUAGUUCAUCAAUGGUUAAGCAUUCCUCAAUAGAGGAUUAUACUCUUAUGAGAAAAAUUGAAGACAUCCUCAUGAAUACAAGAAUUAUUGUGAGUUCGUGCCUUCUUAAUCAAGUAACUAUAUAUGAAGAUAAGAUUGUGAGUGUAAUGGUUUGUAUGUCAUAAUCCAGAUUCAAGAAUCAAUAGUGCGUGCUUGUGAUUUGUGUAUUAAAAGCAUAGAAAGCAUUAAUGAUAUAAUUUUGAAGUGUACCUAGCUAUGGUAUGAUCAAUUAUCAAAAUUGAUAGUGCUGGCACCUUUUCCUUUUCAAUAAAACACACUAUGGGUUGUCGUUUUCUCCACAGAAUCUUGUAAUACGGAUUGGGUCAAAGAUACCGUAAAUGAACAAGUCAUGUGAAAUUAGCUUACAAGUUACAAUAUAAACGAUGUAAUUUUUGCUGUGAUUUUGAGCUUUUGAUAGUGGCCUGAUUAACCAUUAGGGUCUCGUGUGCUUUGUUAUGUAACUCGCGUCUUUCUUUGUUUGCUUUGCUAAAACACUCGGAUAAUAAUAUAAUAUAGGAUUGGUUCUUGUUUAGUCUGUGAAUCUACUUAUUUGACUCUUCAAUCUGUUCUAUGUGGUUUAUCUUGGUUCGCUAGAAUAAGUAGUCCACAGCCAUUUCCCUUAGCUACUGCAUCUCUAAUGGGUGUUCAAGGUACGUUUUUCAAUCAAAGUUGCUUUCACAUCUUCAUUGUAGAGACGGGUUAAGACUGGACUUACAAUACAGACGCAGGUUUUGGGUUUAAGUACACAUGGAGAAUGUUUUGAACCAACGAAAAUGGAUCUUACUUCUUACAUAUACAAACAUUGUGGUGGGCUGGCUAACAUAAGGUGGGAAAUGUUCUUGUAUAUCAUUUUUUGUCCUUGUAUCGUGUUGUGACAUUACUUGAAAAUCAUAAAAUCCACUGAACUAGUGUUUGGUGGUUUAUCAUGUAUAUGUUUUCAAGUUGAUUUUACCACUGUUCAUGAAAUUUAGCAUCUCUAGGUAAAAAAUAAAACUACUCGAGCGAGGGUGGAAACUGUGAUAAAGAAUCGUGCACAAGAAGAGGUCACGUGCUUAAUCUCUUCUCUUACACACACUAACUCUUCUGCUGCUGCUAUUUUCCUUCCAAACUCCGCCCAAUAGUCCCAACCAUAUGGACACCAACCCCAUCUUAAUUCAUAUCACCAAAGCGGAUGAUCCAUUUUCUCUCUCCUUAGUUUGGUAUGAAGGAUUAUCUCAGCCGUUCAUUUUGACGAAUUACCUAAUUCAUCUCUCUCCCGUUGAUCCUAUAGUACAUCAUCAUUUUGCCUGUGUCUCUUUUGUACUAUUUAUCCUUAGUCGUGAUUGACACAUGUUACCUGCCAGCAUCUGCUUUUAUGCAGACAUUCCUUAAAAAAAUGCGUGAUUUAAAAAAUGGGAAAAUGGUCACAAAAAUCCCGAACUUUCAAAUUUUGGCCAUUUAAAGCACAAACGUUUUCUAGGACAAUUUAAAACAUUAAGUUUUCGUUGACUUUUACUAUAAAUCACAAACUUUUAUUGACCGAACCAUAUUAGGCAUGUCGUUAAGUGAGUUAACAGAAACAUAAACUCUGUUAGUUAAACCGUGUUAGCUAAUGUUAAGUUAAACUACGUAGUUUAGUUUUGUCCAAAAAUCCCCAAUUCACAAAAUCAAACCCUAAUUGUUUUUUUUUGUUCUUUUCUUUGUCGUCUUCUAUUCUUUUCUUCUCCUCUCUGUCGUUUUCUUCUUUGUCUUCCCUCCAUCUCUUUCUUCUUGUUUCUUCUUUAGUAUUCUCUCUUUUAUUUUGUUUGGAAUUUUUUCUAUGGUGAGGGUAAGAGGAGGAGGUACACAUCGACAAAAACUUCCAACGCACCAGAGGAAGCAAGAUACAACAACUCAAUUAGAACAUGAGACUCCUCCUAUCAGAGCUCCGGUUCAAUCUUCUGCACCGCAACGAAGUUCAGAGUUGGAUGGAGACAUAUAUGUUGAGCACGAGCUGGAAGAAGACAGAGAUGUUGACAGAGAGCGUGAGCCAGACAAUGGAGAAAAUUGUGAUGUUGAUGGUGAGGAUGAUUGUGAUGUUGUGAAUGAUGAAGACGCUGAUGAUGGGUUAGGUAUCGAAGAAGAUGGAAACUUAGAAGAUUACUUUAGAGAAGCUGUUAGAGAUGAGGAAGUUGGGAGUGAUGUAGACAGUGGAGAUGAUAUUUGGGAUGAUGAGAGGAUUCCCGAUCCUUUAUCAUCUAGCGACGACGAUGAAGAAGAAACAGAGCACGAGCUUAGAGAGAAUGAAGACACAGAAGAACUUCUCACUUUGGGGAAGACUUACAAUUCUACCGAUGAUUUCAAGCUUGCCGUUCUAAAAUAUUCUCUGAAAACUAGAUACGACGUUGAACUUUAUAGGUCUCAGGCGAUGAAGGUUGGUGCAAAGUGUAGUGACACGGAUGUUGAAUGCCCAUGGAGAAUUUACUGCUCAUAUAAGAAGAGGAGACAUAAGAUGCAAAUAAAGGUCUAUGUGAAUAACCAUAUAUGUGUUAGAUCAGGGAGGUCUAACAUGUUGAAGCGAUCAACAAUUGCGUGGUUGUUUUCGGAAAGGCUGAGAAUUAAUCCAAAACUUACACAACAUGAGAUGGUUCAUGAGAUCAAGAGGGAAUACAAUUUGGAAGUUACUGAUGACCAGUGUGGAAAGGCGAAGUCGAAAGUUCUGAGAGAAAGGAAAGCUAGCCAUGAAAAGCAUUUUUCAAGGAUAUGGGAUUAUCAAGCAGAGAUAUAUCUACAGAAUGAGGGAUCUACUUUCGAGAUAGAGACUGUUCCAGGGACAACAAUUGGAAGCAAACAAAGGUUUUAUCGCUUAUAUAUUUGUUUUAGAGCACAAAGAGAAUCUUGGAAGCAAACAUGUAGACCCAUCAUAGGAUUGGAUGGUGCGUUUCUGAAAUGGGAUAUAAAAGGUCAUCUUUUAGCUGCAGUUGGAAGAGAUGGAGAUAAUAGGAUAGUUCCCAUUGCUUGGGCAGUAGUUGAAAUAGAGAAUGACACAAAUUGGGACUGGUUUGUUAGACUUCUCUCUGUCGAUUUGGAUCUUGGUGAUGGACAAAAUGUGGCAGUGCUUUUAGAUAAACAGAGGUUAGUUAAGGCUGUUCACACAAUCCUUCCCCAAGCUGAACAUAGACAGUGUGCUAAACAUAUAAUGGACAAUUGGAAGAGAGAUAGUCAUGAUCAGGAACUACAACGCCUAUUUUGGAAGAUAGCUCGCAGCUACACGAUAGGAGAGUACACUGACAAUUCAGAAGCGCUAAAAAGGUUCAAUCUUCAUGCUUAUAAUUCUCUGCAAAACACCAAUCCUGAGUCAUGGUCUAGAGCGUUUUUUAGGAUUGCGACAUGCUGCAAUGACAAUCUCAAUAAUCUCAGUGAAUCUUUUAAUAGAACUAUUAGGGAAGCAAGGAGAAAACCUUUACUAGAUUUGCUAGAAGAUAUUAGAAGACAGUGUAUGGUACGUAACGCGAAGAGAUCCAUUAUUGCUGGAAGGUUGAAGACAAGGUUCACAAAAAGAGCACAUUGUGAGAUAGAAAAGGCAAUAAAUGGGUCACAGCAUUGCAUCCGAUACAUGGCCAGAAAUAAUUUGUAUGAGGUAGAGCACAAUAGUGUUAACUAUGUGGUUGAUAUGAAUGAGAAGACUUGUAGUUGCAGAAAGUGGCAGAUGGUUGGAAUCCCUUGUGCUCAUGCCGCAAGUGUUAUAAUAGGUAAAAAAGAAAAGGUUGAAGCUUAUGUGAAUGAGUAUUACACAACACAGAAGUGGCGAGAAACAUAUAAAGAUGGUAUAAAACCUGUACAAGGGAUGAUGUUAUGGCCUCGAUUGAAUAGGCUAGCUGUCUUGCCACCACCAUGGAGAAGAGGCAAUCCGGGAAGACCAAGUAAUUAUGCUAGAAGGAAAGGAAGGAAUGAAUUUGGAUCAAGUAAAACUAUGUUGACACGCCGGAAGAGAGUGAUGACAUGUUCAAACUGCAAGGAAGAUGGGCACAAUAAGCAAGGUUGCAAAAAUCCGAGUGUUGAGAGUCAACCAAAGAGGCCAAGAGGACGACCAAAGAACCAGGGAGAACUUUUACAAUCACAUGCACAAGGAUCACAAGCACAAGGACAAAGUGUUUCAGUAGGACUUGGAUCACAAGGUUGAAGAUCAUGGAUUGAAUCAUAAAAAUGAGUUGUGUUCUAGUAUGUAGUGACUGUGUUUUGACUCUUGGUUUAUUACUUUUUGUUGAACUCAUUCUCAGAUCAUGUAAUGACUAGUAUUAUAUGCAUUUUGACAUGGUUUGGUUAUGGUCUUUUAUUCAUUUUGUUUCGGGAUGUCAAUGUUCAUUAUCAAUCAAAUUGUUGCCAAAAAUUCAUUGCUAAAGACGUAGGCUAUAUUUUUUUUUCAUCAGACAAACUAAAUAAAUAGAAAAAACUAAACUACGUAGUUUAAUUUAACAUUAGCUGACACGGUUUAAUUAACAGCGUUUAUGUUUCUGUUAACUCACUUAAGGACAUGCUUAAUAUGGCUUAGUCAAUGAAAGUUUAUGAUUUAAAGUAAAAGUCGACGAAAACUUAGUGUUUUAAAUUGUCCCGUAAGAACAUUGUGCUUUAAACAGCCAAAAUUUGAAAGUUUGGGAUUUUUGUGACCAUUUUCCCUUUAAAAAAUCUUAAAAUUAAAGUUAAAAAAGUUAGAACAUGGUGAUCAUUUUCUGUCCCAUGUUGCAAGAGGAAUGUCUUAGUAAAAAAUCAUGUAGGGUCUGAUUGGUGACCAUCCAUUCGGGAAAUAAGAGGAACGGAUUAAAAAGGAAUGUUCGGGAAUAAAAUAGCAGGAAUGAAAAGGAAUGGUCGUUCUUUAUCACUUUUAACAAGUAAUACUUUUGUUCUUUAAUUCUCUAAAAAAAAGGAAUGAAAGGGAAUGAGAGAGAAUUAUUAUUCCUUGUGAAUGGUGAUUUUUUUCAGGAACGUUAGAGAAUGCAUUAUUCCUCGCUGUUUUCUGGUCACCAUUCAUACCCGUAAUAUUUUUUAUCCGUAUCCAAACAACACUUGGAAUCGAAAACCUACUAAUUUUCUUUGGUUAGGCCUAGUAACCAAUAACUUACGUGCGAUUCAGUUAAACGAACUGGAAUAUAUAAGCCAGUUAGAUACUAGGUGAUAGCUAUACCGGAAUCUCAAUUUCGUGUUUAUCUACAAAAAUAAAACGGAACCCUAGACUGUACUAGCUCGAUAACAGUAUAAACUGUAAAAAGGUUGCAUUGUCGUGCUCUCUUGCCAUUACUCUCUUCUCUCUCUCUCUGAUAUAUAUAUAUAUAUAUUUAUAUCUGGUAGCUUCUUCAUCAGUAAUACGAGAACGUAUUGAGGAGAAUCUCGCAUCAUCAAGACCAAAUAGGAAUUUAUGAACACGAGAAUCUUCUUGUUCAUAAAACGGUUAUGCUUUGAUCACAAUGCCACUGGACACUAUCAAGACGAGGUUGCUGGUUCUUGAUGGGGAAAAUAGUAGUAGUAAUAACAACAAUAACAACAACAACUGGAGGCGUGGACCGAGUAUAAGAAACUUGGUUAAGGAAGGUGGAUGGACAUCUUGUUACAGAGGAUUGGGACCAAGAUGUGCUUCAAUGUCAAUGUCUGCAACCACUAUGAUCACUACCUACGAGUUCUUGAAACGGCUUUCUGCUAAGAACCAUGACGGGUUUUGCUCUAAAUCAUAGUGUUAACAGCUGAGAAAACCAUGUAGAAAGUUCUUGUCUUGCUGUUCUGCUUUCUCUUUUGUUUCCAGUCAUAAGAUGUUAGGAGUGUGUUAAUUCAGUUGUUUCUAAAUAAAAGAAAAAUGUUAUUUUUCGGUU